GAGGGCUCCGGCCGGAGUCCGCUCAGCCUCGCUCGGGAGAGGAGCUGCUGCUCUGCCCUGCUCCGCCGCCACCAUGCCCUCCUCCUCCUCCUCGGCUGCCUGCUGGCCCCUCUGGCUGGCCCUGCUCCUCCUCCUCCUCCGCCUGGCCCUGGCCCAGCAGCAGACCCCUGCCUCCGCCUCCGUCGGGAACCACUCCAGGCCGGUCUUCCUCUGCGGAGGGGACUACACCGGAGACAACGGGUACAUCGCCAGCGAGGGCUUCCCGAGCCCUUACCCGCCCAGCAAGACCUGCACCUGGACCAUCACCGUGCCAGAAGGGCAGGUGGUGAUGCUCUCCUUCCGCGUUUUCGACAUGGAGCCGGACCCCAUCUGCCGCUACGACUACCUGGAGGUCUACAACGGCCACCUGGCCACCGACUCCCAGCGCCUGGGCCGCUUCUGCGGCACUUUCCGCCCGGGGGCCGUCCUCUCCACCAGCAACCGCAUGAUGCUGCGCAUGGCUUCGGACGACGGCGUCGGAGGGAGGGGCUUCCUGGUGUGGUUCAGUGGGGGGCUGCCCCACGUCGACGAGAACCAGUUCUGUGGGGGGAAGCUGGAGAAGCCCCAGGGCAGCCUCAAGACCCCCAAUUGGCCUGAGAGCGACUACCCACCUGGCAUCAGUUGCUCCUGGCACAUCAUUGCCCCAAAGGACAAGGUGAUUGCCUUGACUUUUGGGAAAUUCGACGUGGAGCCGGACACUUAUUGCCGCUACGACUACGUGGCCGUCUUCAACGGGGGCGACCGGGAUGACUCCCGGCGCAUUGGCAAGUUCUGUGGGGACAAUUCUCCCAGCGCAGUUUACUCAGACAGCAACGAGCUGCUGGUCCAGUUCGUCUCAGACCUCAGCGUCACGGCCGACGGCUUCUCAGCUUCUUACGAGGUGAAGAACCGCAACGAACUGGUGGACAAGACGAGCUCCCGGCCGUCUGGCCCCAUCUUCCCGGGCUCCAAGCCAGUCCAGCCGGGCAGGAAGCCCCUCGCGCCAAAAACCAAACCAGCCAGCAAACCUGGGGGUCCUGUCAAGCCAGAGCUCAUCCCCAAACCCACCCCAAAGCCCCGGCCUACAGCAGCCACCCCAGAUGAAGUCAUGUGCCCCCAGCCGUGCCGCCGGACGGGAACGCUCCAGAGCAAUUUCUGCACCUCUGAUUUUGUGAUCACGGGGACCGUGAAAACAGCCAUGCGAGGAGCUGGGAACAAAGUCACGGCUGUUGUGACGCUCAUGAACACCUACAAGGCCGGCACCUUGAACCUGCCAGCCGCCGGGAACGGGGCCACAAUCCGCCUGGAGGUGCCUUGUCGGCAGUGUCCUAUUCUCAAGAAAGGCGCCAGCUACGUUUUCAUGGGCAAAGUGGAUGCCAGCGGAGCCGGGCACCUGCCUCCCAGCAGCUUCGUGGUGCCAUUCCGGCAGCAGCAGCACCAGAUUCUCACCAACUUCAGCAAACGCCCCUGCGGUGCGGGCCCCUUGGCCAGGAAGAGGGCCUGAGUGGCCCGGCCCACUUGCCCCCUGGGAAACGGAGAGGCCGCAGUCUGGGUUUAGGGGGAAAGACCCAUCCCCCUCCUCCUCCAGUAAGGACAGAGCCCUUGCGGAUCUGACCCACCCGGCUGAGGGUGGGCAUGUGCCUGGCACAGCCACCCUCCCACCCCAAAACCCCCAGAGACCCCAGAAAGCCUGGUUUGGCUCAGUAUACCCAAUAAAUGGGGGGAAUGUA